GGCACAAGGAAAUCUGGCUGUAAGGACAGGGGGGGACUGGCUGCUGCUGUCCUGUCGCUGUCACUGAGGGAACACGGAGCUUUGCCUUGCAGAGCGGGCAAGCAGGACCUCCUGAAGCACAGGGAUGAGAGGAGAACACCAGGAAUCCCUUCCCUCCCACAGCACUGUACUGCCAGCCUGAAACACAAAGAACCACACGGCAACCCCUGGAUCCCAUCUGUUCCCUGCUCAUCCAGCAGCCCCCUCUGGGGAUCAGGCAAAUAUGGGUCACCCGCCUCUGGAGUUCAGCGAAUGUUACCUGGAUAGCCCAGUCUUCCGAGAGAGCCUAAAGGGUUACGAGCAAGAGCUGGAGAGGACCAAUAAGUUUAUCAAAGAUGUUAUAAAAGAUGGGAAUGCUUUGAUCAGUGCUAUAAAAGGUUACUCCGGUGCAGUACAGAAAUUCUCCCAAACCUUGCAAAGUUUCCAGUUUGACUUCAUUGGGGACACCAUGACAGAUGAUGAAAUAAAUAUUGCUGAGUCCUUUAAAGAGUUUGCUGACCUACUGCAGGAAGUGGAGACUGAGAGGAUGAUGAUGCUGCAAAAUGCUGAUGAUCUACUUAUCAAACCUCUUGAGAAUUUCCGCAAGGAUCAAAUUGGACUCACAAAGGAGCGUAAGAAGAAGUUCGACAAGGACAGUGAGAAGUUUUAUUCACUUCUGGAUCGACAUGUCAAUUUAUCAUCUAAGAAGAAAGAGGUCCAGCUUAAUGAGGCUGACCAGCAAGUGGACCGAGAGAAGCAGAAUUUCUAUGAAUCCUCCCUAGAAUAUGUUUACCAGAUUCAGGAAGUACAGGAAAGCAAGAAAUUCUGCGUUGUAGAACCAGUACUGACGUUCCUACACUGUCUCUUCACUUCCAACAAUCUCACCUUUGAACUGAGUCAGGAUUUUCUUCCCUACAAACAGCAGUUGCAACUCAGCCUUCAGAAUACUCGAAAUCAUUUCAGCAGCACCCGUGAAGAACUGGAGGAUCUGAAGAAGCGAAUGACUGAGGCGCCCAUGGUGUGCAAGCUAAGGGGACAAAGCACUAUCGAGGGAUACUUGUACUCCCAGGAAAAAAGGGCCCUUGGCAUUACAUGGGUGAAGUAUUACUGCAAAUAUGAAAAGGAGGGGAAGGUUCUCAGCAUGAUGUCAGUCGAACAAAAACCAGGCUCCAAGCAGGGGAACCAGGAGCUGACCCUCAAGUCUUGCAUCAGAAGGAAAAGCGAUUCUAUUGACAAGAGGUUUUGCUUUGAUGUAGCGACCAAUGAGAGGCCAGGAACACUCACCUUGCAGGCUUUAUCAGAGACCAAUCGACGCCUGUGGAUUGAAGCAAUGGAUGGGAAGGAGCCUAUUUAUCAUAGUCCUAUAACAAAGAGAGAUGAAAUGGAACUAAAUGAGGUGGGAUUCCGGUUUGUCCGAAAGUGCAUCAAUGCAGUAGAGGCAACAGGGAUUGCAUCAGAAGGAGUGUACAGAACAGUGGGAAGCAACAUCCAAGUGCAGAAGCUUCUCAAUGCAUUUUUUGACUCUAAAUGCCCAGGGAAUGUGGACCUGCAGAGCAGUGAAUGGGACAUAAAAACAGUCACUAGUUCUCUGAAGUUUUACCUCAGAAAUCUGUCAGAACCAGUGAUGACCUACAAACUGCACCGAGACCUUGUGCUGGCUGCAAAGUCUGAGAAUUUGGAUUAUCGUUUAGGAGCCAUUCACUGCCUGGUGUAUAGACUGCCAGAGAACCACAGAGAAAUGCUGGAGCUCAUCAUUCGCCAUUUGUCCAGAGUGUGUGAAUUUAGCAAAGAGAACCUCAUGUCCCCAUCUAACAUGGGUGUGAUUUUUGGGCCGACCUUGAUGAGGGCUCAGGAGGACACAGUGGCUGCCAUGAUGAACAUCAAGUUUCAGAAUAUAGUGGUUGAGCUUCUCAUUGAAAACUGCAAGAAGAUAUUCUCUGGCCCCCUUGAUGAUAACAGCGGGCCCCCUGUACCACCUCCCAGAAUAACACCAAGAACCCACAUACCUAUAACCAUCUCUAAGCGACAGACUAGAGGAAGAGGUGGACUACACCUUGGUCAGAGCGAAGAAGAAGAUGAGCUUCCAGGACAUACAUUGAAUGGUUCUGUCACAAACAACCAUGAAUACCCCCUUCCCCUGCAGAGGAAAAAGCUCCAUCCCAAUCUACAGAUGUUGGAUACUCAGGGUCAGUCAGAUUCUAGUUCUGAUGUAGAUGUGGCCAAGAUGGUCUCCAGGAUGCAAGAUGGAAAUGGAAAGCCCAACCCUAAGCAAUUAAAUGGGGAUCUGCCUGUAUACUCAGCACCGAACAAACCUUCCCCGCUUCACCCUAAAAGAGGUCCAAUCCGUCCAGCAGUUCCCAGAGAAGGUGAAGGAGAUAAUAUUAAUAAAGUACGAAGCCCUGGAGAAAGGCCUGUGAUUUCCCGUCCACCAAACAGACCUCCAGAUCCUCCAUGUAGGAUAGCACUACAGAAACAAGAGCCAAGGACGGAAGUUUCAUCGCUAGUGAAGGAGGAUAUCCCUUCUGUGGUGGCCUCCCGCACAAAAUUCUUUGAGAAUGCCUCAAGACCCAGAGUAAGCCCACCAUCCCCUCCAAGCCGUAUCCUCACAGAAGAAAGUUGAAGACCAAGGAGCUGAUGUUCAUUGUCCCUGGCUGGUCCAAGGGAGGACGGCAACCUUUUCAACAGUGACCCCUGCAGGCACCUGUGACAGUAGAUGUGAAAUUAAAUGUAUCUUGUCCACACCAUUACAUUCCACCAAUAGGACCUUUAGGGAAAUGCAUGUUUCUCCUAGGGGCCUAAAGGUGCCACAAGAAGGAGAAGACAUCCUAAAGCCUUGGCUAUUGUAGAGGAAAUCAUCUAGUCUGAGGCAUGUUCUUUUAUGUGAGGUACAGUGCACUAGCAAGACCCCAAGUUGGCAUACAUGGACAGGUUUGAAAUAAGAAGGAAGAGUAUGAUGGUAGAAAGCAAUUAAUCAUGCUCUGUGCUCUAGUAGCGCAAGAAGAACCUGUUUAUACUAGAACAUGCCAGCAAUGGCAUAUGUCUGGACCAUACACUAAAAUACUCCUUGGCUCAAAUAGGUAGCAGCACCAUUAUGUGUUGCUUGGUCUUCAAAAAUCACAGACUGAAAGUAUUGAGAACUGCAAGACAUUUCUAUGGAUAUCAGACCAAAUACAGACAAAUGAAAGGACCAGGUCUUUAAUUUCAUUGUCCUGAGAACUCCUAGAACCUUUUCCUAUGGAGUCCGCUACUUUUCCUAUGGAGUCCACACAGGCUCUGUGUUUCAAUGAAGGAGAAACAAACAUAUGUAAAUAAUAACUUUCCGUUAGAGGCAUUUACCCUUCUUAGGUGUUUACUUGUUCCUGCAGUUAAAUCAGAUUUCUUUUUAUACAAAUCAUGACAAUGUUCAUUGACUAUAAUGGCAGUUUAGAAUCUGAUUGAGGUUUCCUUUUUCUUCAUUGGUCUCUUGGUUGUAUCCAACAUCCAAUCGUAAUAAUUAAUUAAUUAAGUACAGAUUUAAGGGUUCAAUCAUUUGGAAUUCCUACUUCUUUUUUGACUUGUACUGUGCCUUAGUAAUAUUUUACAAAAGAGAGCACACAUAGGAAUUAUUUUUAAAAUCGGGACCAAAAACAUUUUACUGGGGGUAUUUGCCUCAACCUCUUAUUUAUAAAGUAAAAUUUGAUAGGGUCAUCCUAGGCUUUUUAGUGCAUAUUCAAUUGCUGAUAUUUAAUAACAUGAAGUUUACAGUGCUUUGUGAGUGUUACAUGUAGAUAAUACUUUGAAGCAAGAUAGUUCCUUAUGUCACUCUGCACAUCCCAUUGUGCCCCAAAAGCUAGCCGUGAAGUCCUUACUCAGGAACACAGACAGGCCAUCGGCCAUAACCAGGAAUGGCAGUUUUUUUCGCUUCAGCCUUCUAUUUUUUAGCACACCUUUUCAUACCAAGUUCAUAGUUUACUUACUCAUAAAAUGCUUGUUAGCAAUGUUUCCAAAAACAGAAUUCCUAACCGCUUACCAGAGAAUCCCCAGAGUGAUUUCCGCAGCUUAUAAAGACAUCCCUGACUUUCCAGACAUAUGUAAAAGCCCCAUACAAGAUUACAGUCUCUCUCUGUCCUUGGGAAUCACUGUACGGAUUUUAUAUAAACUGUGAAAAAAAAAUCACUUUCUCUUUAACCAACUGUAAAUAUUUUAAGGCGUCGCUCUGGCAUUAACUCUGCCAUAGAAAGCCAUGAAGUGACAAUCUUUAGCAAGAUUAAUGUUCAGGCAUGGGGCAGACACACUGUAGAUGUCUAAGUCUAAUGUCUAUCUAAAAUUUCCUCAUUUAUAUAAGCCCAUAACAAAAAUUCCACCUAUGAGUUUAUUUAGCAAACAAAAGGUUUGUGGACCAAAAAGGCAAAAUAUACUUUAUUUAUAAAUUGGGAUUAUCUUAUACAGAAAAGCAGGCUGGCCAUGGCUAUUAGUGUUUACAUAAUAUUGCAUUUGUACAAAGAUGCUCUCAUACUCUACAGUCGAUUUAAAGGAAUAUAAAUGAAGGCUAAAUACUGAUUUACAAGUGUUUGCAAAAUAAAGGACUUUGAGAAUCCAGCACAAUAAAGCUGCUUUUCCAUUGGAGAUGGAGCCAGGAUGAACUUUAUUGUGCUCCUUGUCCGUCAUGACUGGCAGCCAUUUUUAUUCUUGUUGCUUUUCAGUGCACGCAUUGUAACUACAGUUCUGUGAAUAGUUGUGUAAAAAAAUUUGCUUUGUACAAUUUUUGUUAGUGUCUUGUUUUUCUGAAGAGUCAAAUUUUUCAGGCUGUUGUAAUGGAGCACUAGAAGGAUAAAAUAAAUAAACAUAUUGUCCCCUGCAA